AUGUAUGCAGGGCAUCACACAUAUCUGUAUGCAUUUAACAGUUUCCUGCCUCAGCCAACAUUUUCCGCUGUCGUCAAGAGAGGAGACAAUGGAUUGUCAGACGCUGAAAAACAGCAGAUGCUUGACCGUCACAAUUUGAGGCGGAGUUUAGUCAGUCCAUCCGCUGCCUUGAUGACUAGAAUGAUGUGGGACGACGAACUUGCUGCAAGUUCGCAGGCGUGGGCAGAUAGCUGCAACAUGGGCCACAGCAACACCGGCGGGAAGUACGGUGAGAACCUGUUUGGUUCCUCCUACCCUCCGGGACCAUAUAAGGCCGUGGACGCCUGGGACGAAGAGAAACAAUGGUACACGUUGUCCUCCAACACAUGCAAUCCUCCUCCUGGUAAAAGCUGUGGACACUAUACGCAGGUCGUCUGGGCUGCCAGUACCAAACUCGGCUGUGGUAUGAAGAAGUGCACCUCGUGGUACUAUGUCGUCUGCAGAUAUUCGCCUGCGUGA